AUGAAUAGCGAUAAUAAAAGCACUUCUUCUUUCGGUAUAUUUCAGUAUCUGAAUUUUCUAUACCGACGUUUAUUACGAAUUGUAUUAAACUGGUUUAUUUUAUUUGUAACUGGCGAAACACAAUUGGAAAGAAUGUUAGCUUUCACGAGCACUCAUAAGGGUCAGAUCACAGCUGAAGUGGAGAAACUCAUUAAUGAAAAAGAAAUACAGUUGGAUUCAGAGAUUUGGAAUGCUGACCAAGAGUACGAAAUUGCGACUGAAAUUGUUGAUAAAUAUUGCUCAAAAGUGGAGAACAAGCAGUUUGACGAGAUGAGAGAUUCACUGAAAAAGUCACUUGGUCAGAUACGAGGAUAUCGGGAAUUAUGUGACGCUGUCGAGGAUUUGCGUAUAGAAAAGUACGACCCAGGAAACGAAAAACACGAAAAGAAGUUACUGAAAUUAUGGGAUUUGUUAAUGCCAAUGGAAGAUUUACGAACUAGAAUAACAAAUCAGUGGCAAAAAAUUGGCUUUCAGGGUUGCGAUCCAGCCACUGAUUUUCGUGGUAUGGGAAUUUUGUCACUUGAUCAACUCAUUUUCUUGGCCCAAUAUGAUGUUGCACAUGCACAUUCAAUCCUUUCUAUUUCUAAUCAUCCUUUGCAUGGCUUUCCAAUGGCAAUCACAGGAAUCAACUUAACAGCCUUGACUCGGCAAUUACUUACGGAAAAUGCAUUGAAAAUGCACUUCUACAAUACUGUUCCUGGUGCUCCAACAAUCAAUAACUUCCACCACGCCUAUUGUCAAAUUUUCAAGCUCUUUUGCGCAUUUUGGACGAAGAGGAAGGGUGAAAUCACAUAUUUCAAUAUCAUCAAGAAAGAUUUCGAGACCCAGUUAAUAAGGCACCUAAUUUCUGAGGAUGCGAAUCUAGACAAAUUAGAUGCCCAGUUUUUUCAAUAG